AUGGACAGUUUGUAUGAACCAGUUAAAGAAAAUCAAGAACUACAAGAAGAUAUCUGUAUGAGUAGCAGAGCUAAUUCACAAGUUAUAGAUUCGGAUGAAAAUCAAGCUGAAACAAUGGGAACCUUGAAACGGUUGCAGAAGUUAGUUCGAAAUAAGAAAGACAAUAUACAUAGUUUGGAGGACAUGAAGCAUAUAUUAUCAUCCAAUAUAUCACCACAAGAUCCUGGGUUCUCUGAAGCUGAAGAUGAAGCUCCAAUUUCAUGUAUGAAAUUAACAAAAUACCAAGACAAAAAAAUAUUGAAAGAGAGUACAAGAUUAAAGGCAGAAAUUGAGCCUAGAACAGAUCUUAUCUCAGCAUUGCUGGAUACAACUUACCCUUCUGGAAUUAACAACCUAGGAAAUAAUGACACCUGUUCUGAAAUGGAAUUUCAGCUCUGGAGUGACUGGAAAAUUUUCCCAGAUGCUCAACUGGGUCCCUGUGAUUUCUUCACCACAAGGAUCGAAGAGUGGGGAAAAUGUACCUGUUGUUCACAUCAGCCACAACUUACAAGCUCUGUCACAGAUGUGGAUCUCCCAAGUUCAUGGAGGUCAAGCAGCUUUGGGAAAUUUGACCAUCGCAGACAUCACUCAACAUCAAAACCAAAUGAUUCAUCUGAGGUUUAUGAAGUAUGUGCUACAUGUGAUGGCACAGAAUUGAGACAAAACAAACCCAAUAAUGGAGGAAGCAUUGGAAAAAAGAUGAGAGCCAUUUCCAUGACUAUGAAGAAAAAGAUGGGUAAAAAGUACAUUAGGGCGCUUUCAGAGGAAAUGAACGAAGGAGGAAAAAGCUUUUCUACUUCAAAUAAGGACAGUGACCCUGGAGGAGAACCGACCACAGCUUCUAUGAAGGCAAGUGACUCCAUGGACAGCCUCUAUAGUCUUAAUAGCGGCCAAAGUUCUUCAAGUGGUGUAACUUGUUGUUCAGAUGGAACAAGCAACAGAGACAGCCUAAAGUUUGAUGAAGAAAUCAGUUAUGUGGGACCAUUCUGUGGCAGAGCCAGAGUACACACAGACUUCACUCCCAGUCCUUAUGAUUCAGACUCCCUAAAAAUCAAGAAAGGAGAUAUAAUUGACAUUAUCUGUAAAACCCCAAUGGGCAUGUGGACUGGACUGCUAAACAACAAGGUUGGAAACUUCAAAUUUAUUUACGUGGAUCUGAUUACAGAAGAGGAAUCUGCACCCAGAAAGAUAAAACCACACAAGAAAAGUAAAAGGGCCAAGCCUAAUUCUCUUCAGGAAUUCUUGGAGCAAAUCCAUCUCCAGGACUAUUUAUCAACCCUUUUGCUAAAUGGCUAUCAGACAUUAGAAGAUUUGAAAGAUCUACAUGAAAAGCAUUUAAUUGAACUUAACAUCAAAGAUCCAGAAGACAGGACAAGGCUACUUUUAGCUAUUGAAAAUCUGCAGGACUCUGAAAAUGAACAAGACCAGGAAACAGAACCAAUGCCACAGAUGUUAAACCCUAACCUCAGCCUUAACAAACUACAAUUAAAUGAAAGAGAUUCUGGUUGUUAUAUCUCACCAGAAAUGUCAGACAAUAGUAAAGAAGACCUUGAUGCAGAAAAUCUGCCUGAUGUCAUCCAGAAAAUUUCCAUCACUGAAUCAGAUUGAAACUUAUUUACAUUUUCAGCAAAUUAUUAAUACUUAUUUGGGAGUUUCAAGAAAUGCACUGAAUUGAUUUGUUUGUACAAGAAUACAAUAAUCAUAGAGUACAUUAUUAAUUUUGAGACUGUAUUUCAUUUCAUCUUUUAUCAAAUUUUACAAACAAAUAAUAUAAAUGUUCUAUAUUAUUAUUUGCAUUUUUUCUAAAAUAUACUAAUUGGAUUUUAUACAGAAUUCA